CCCCGGGACUGCUUACGCCAAAUUUGUCCAAGAUGGCGGUCCAAAGAAAGAAAGACGGUUCUCCUAAUGUUAAAUUUUAUGAGGCCGUGGAAACGAUAGCACAGUUCGAUUCGGUCCGAACAUGGCUUCACAAAAAUUGCAAAAAGUAUACGCAAGCAGAUCCACCGACCAAUAAAAGUUUGGCCAACCUUGUUAUCCAGCUGUUGCAGUUCCAAGAAGAUGCAUUUGGAAAAUCAGUCAGCAAUUCUGCACUCACAAAAUUACCUAUGAAAUGCUUCUUAGAUUUCAAAGCUGGAGGAGCUUUGUGCCAUAUCAUUGCUGCUGUUUAUAAAUUCAAAAGUGAUCAAGGAUGGAGAAGAUUCGAUUUCCAGUCACCAUCACGAAUGGACAGGAAUGUGGAGAUGUUCCUACAGAUAGAGAAGUCCCUUGUCCAAAACAAAUGUCUGACAAUGCCGUGUAUAUUCCUUCAGCCAGACAUUGAUAAAUCUCUUAUGCCAAAGUUGAGGGACAUUAUAAAACGUCACCAAGGGACACUGGCCGAAGAUCCAGAGGAUGCUACUCAUAUCAUUCAUCCUCUGCCCUCUAGUAGUGAUAAGGACGAAGAGUGGAUCCGUCCAGUGAUGAAAAGAGACAGACACGCCCUCAUACACUGGUGGUAUUUACCAGACAGUUAUGACACCUGGGCAUUGGAUGUCCAUGUCGAGGAUGACCCUCCGGAGAAGUCUCACCAUGGACCAUGGGAGGUAACUGCCAGAUGGCUUUUGGAUCUAGAAGAAUACAAUGAGUGGAUGAAUGAAGAGGAUUAUGCAGAGGAAGAGUUUGAAACAAAAAGAAGCAAGAAAACAAAGAUAAUCAAGAUGACAGUUGAUGAUCUGGUUCCCAGCCAGGAUAGUGACAGGCGGGAAAAAAGGGACAAAAAGACCAAGAGAAAACGAUCACCUUCGCCACCAAUUAUAGAAAAGAAGAAACGCAAGAGUGGGCGUACCUCCACUGCACCUGGGUCAACAAAGAAGAAGAGCACAAGAGAUGAGGAUGAUGAGGAUUUAACCAAGGACAUGGAUAAUCCAUCACCUGAAACCAACAUUCAGGAAGUCCAACUAUCCAAACAACCUAGCAGCUCGCGAAGUACCAAAGACUCAGAGAAUAUGCCCAUCAAAGGUGGUACCGUAAUGGACCUAGAUGAGGAGACCAAUGACAAGUUCCCUGAGGGUGAGGGUAAGGUUGAGUCAGUGGAAACCCAAGAGGAGGUGCCGAAAGACAAGGAAGAAGAGGAAGACAAUGUGACGGAACAGACCCACCACAUCAUCAUUCCAAGCUACUCUGCCUGGUUUGAUUACAAUGGUAUUCACUCCAUAGAGAAGAGAGCUUUGCCCGAGUUCUUCAAUAGCAAGAACAAGUCAAAAACGCCAGAAAUAUACAUGGCUUACCGUAACUUUAUGAUAGACACAUACCGUCUUAACCCCACCGAGUACCUCACCAGUACGGCCUGUAGGAGAAAUCUGGCUGGUGACGUGUGUGCAAUAAUGAGAGUCCACGCCUUCCUAGAACAAUGGGGUCUACUCAACUACCAGGUGGACGCUGACAACAAGCCAUCAGCCAUGGGACCUCCACCAACCUCACAUUUCCACAUCAUGGCUGACACACCAUCAGGCCUGGCCCCAGCAAACCCACCAAAGAUCAACCAGCCAUCAGCAGCCAAACAGAUAGUCAGUUUUGAUGGAGAUAAGGACAAGGAGCGAGAUGGAGAUGAUAAGAAGGAGUUGUCUAACUUCAGUCUCAGGAUGGACAUAUACGCUAAAAAGGCACUGAAGGACAAAGGCGCUGCAACCCGUUCCCGUGAGUGGACAGAUCAGGAGACUCUCCUGUUACUGGAGGCCCUGGAGAUGUAUAAGGAUGACUGGAACAAAGUCUCCGAACAUGUUGGUAGCCGCACCCAGGAUGAGUGUAUCCUUCACUUUCUCAGACUUCCUAUUGAGGACCCCUUCCUUGAGGAAGAUUUUGGACAUCUCGGACCCUUGGCAUUCCAGCCCAUACCAUUCUCCCAAAGUGGCAACCCCAUCAUGUCCACCGUGGCCUUUAUUGCCUCCGUUGUUGACCCACGUGUGGCCAGUGCUGCAGCCAAGGCUGCUCUAGAGGAGUUCGCAAAGAUGAAGGACGAAGUUCCCCCAGCUUUAACACAUGCCCAUGUCAAGAUGGUGGAGGAGGCAGUGAAGGAGGGCAAGCCUGUGGAUGCUGUUUUUGGUCUGGAAAAGAGCGGCAUCGCUGGUACUGUUGCUGAGAAGGAGGAGCCUAAAGAAGAAACGGACAAAGUAGAAGAGAAGAAAGAAUCUGAAGACAAAGAAAAAGAUGAGGAUUCAAAGUCUGAAGGCAAGAAAGAAGAGGGAAAGGAAGAUGAGGAAGAGAAAGACAAAGAAAAGACUGAAGAAGCAAUGGAAACAGAGGAGGCAGAGAAAAAGGAUGAGAAGUCAGAGAAAGAUGACAAGUCAAAAGAUAAAGAAACUACGAAAGAAACCGAAUCAGAGGAAAAGAAAGAUGAGAAAAAGACCGAUGAAGAGAAGGAAAAAACUGGUGAAGAAGAAAAAAUGGAUACAAAGGAAGGAGAGGAGGAAAAAUCAAAGGAGGGCACAGAUGAGAAGAAAGAGGAAGAAAUGAAAGUGGAGAUGUCAAAGAGGAAGGCCGAUGGCAAUGUAGCUACGGCAGCAGCAUCUGCACUGGCAUCAGCAGCAGUCAAGGCUAAGCAUUUAGCAGCAGUGGAGGAGCGUAAGAUCAAAUCCCUGGUGGCACUGUUAGUGGAGACUCAAAUGAAGAAGCUGGAGAUCAAGCUACGUCACUUUGAGGAGUUAGAGACCAUCAUGGAUAGGGAAAGAGAUGCACUGGAGUUCCAGCGUCAGCAGUUGUUACAAGAGAGACAGAUGUUCCACAAUGAACAAAUUCGUGCAGCUGAACACCGGGCCCGACAAAUCGCCAUGCAGCAGCUUGUGUCGGAGCAGAAACAGCAGUCUGCUCAACAGGCUGGCGAACAAGGAGGCUCAGCAGGUUCUGGAGGCGUGCCAGUGUCCACACCAUCUCUCGCUGCAGCUGUCGGCCAGAGCUACCCAAUGACUGGCUCCCCAAUGGCACCCCAGGGCCCACAGGCUCACCAACCUGCACAAGGAUCCCCUGCCCCCUCAUUCCCUACACCAUCACAGAGCCAAAGUCCACAGCCACCACCUCAGACACUCACCCAGGGACUUCCCCCACAGAGCAUGCAUCUCCCCGCCACCCCUACAAAACCCAGCAGUGUGGAAUCUCCGGCACCGUCGACACAAAGUGAUUCAGAACCCAUGGUAACCGACUCUCCGUCUCCUGCCGUACCAAAACCUUGACCAGUGUCAGACUUGUUGUUGUGAUUGUAUUUACUUGUAUAGUGAAGGUGCUCCCACGUAGGAAUGUGUUCAGCAAAGGUUGGAUAUAGAAAGACAAUAGAUCUGAUUCAUUGAGAACUGUGUAUGGCAGCUGGAUUGUGUACCGAUGUGAGACCAAUGACACUUUAAUUCACAAAGUAAAGCAGACACAUUAAUACCAAUGUAUUUCUGUGUUAUUGACUAACUUGGAUCGUCACCUCUCAAGUGAUCAAAUUCAUCACAGAUUUGUUCAUGACGUCAAUCUGGAUAUUGUCCGACAAGACCUAUAUCGCUCAUGACAUGGUGUAAAAUCUCAGGCAGCCACCAACGUUCUCGUAUUGUUAUGUUGGAGCUGGAUUGUCUCCCCUUUACUGUAUCUCUAUGAUCAUGGAUAAUAAUAUUGAAUCAGUUACUGAAGGACUUUUUAACAAUUUUGACCAGUUUUGUAGUAAAAAUGAUAUCUGGUAUUUUAUUUUGUACAAUUUAUAUUGUCUGAUCCAUACUUAGGGUAUAUAUAGUUUGUAAUACGAGGAAUUGUGCAAUUUUAGAAGAUUAAGGGGUGUCAGAUCAUACCCAUUUAACACAAUUGUUAUUUACAACAUUCAAAUGUGUUUGAAAAAUUACAAGUUUUCGUUGAUGAAAUAUGGUUGGAGUUUAUGGUCUAGUGUGACGUUUUCUGGUGAGCUUGGACAAAUAAUCAAAUGGGCAUGCAUUAUAAACACUUACAGGUUUGUUGUAAAUUGUAAUGUUAAAUAUUACACAAACUGGUCAUUCAGUGUAAAUCAAAGAGCCUCGUAACACUGUCAGAUGAGAAGCGAUCCAAAGGAAGCAAAGACAUUUAUUCAUCAAUUUUUCAUGAUCAUUGUAAUGUCAAUGUCAGUAUUUGUUUCUGAUCAUGCCAUUCUGGGCAUUGAGAUUUCAUGUUUUUACACCAUUAAUCAUAGUGAAUGUUCUGUCAUCUGUAAAAUAAAUGUAUCAAUAACA